AUGGAAGCUGUAAGGGCCAUGGCUAAACGCAAACGAAUUGGAUUUGCUGCUCAUAAUGAAAAGAAGAAAGAAUUAAUCGAAUGUCUCAAAAACUAUCGUAACAUACUUAGUCACCAUAUACUCUAUGGUACAGGUACAACUGGAUCUCAGAUUCAACAAGAGCUGAGGUUACCUGUAACACUAUUACACAGUGGUCCUUUGGGUGGUGAUCAAGAGAUGGGAGCGAUGAUUGCUAAGGGCGAACUUGACAUUCUCAUCUUUCUUAUCGAUCCAUUGAAUCCUCAUCCUCAUAUUUACGAUAUCGGAGCACUUGUUCGAUUAGCUCAAGUAUACAACAUCGCUUGUGAAACAACUACUACUGGCAUUAAAUUUCUACUCACUUCUAAACUAAUGGAAGAAUCUUGUACAAGAGAAAUUCCAUUAACUGGAUACCCAUCAGCACACUGA